AUGGAUGUUAUAAGUGAGUCCUCACGGUUACAGUCCGAGGAUUCCGCUGUUGGACCGAUGCCGACGAAACACAUACCCCCAGCGGAAGCAGAGGUGCUGAAAAAGGAUCCCACGAAGACCAAAUUGAAGCUCCUGAAGGCUGUUACAGCAUCGGCGUUGAUGGAUGAGGAUAAAGGAAUGGAAGAGAGGAAGGUGAGACGCCUAUCCCGGGGUGAAUCGUUGCUCGACAGAAAGGCCAGUAAAGUGGAAUAUGUGAUGUGUAAAGUGCUAUUGGUGGUGCUGUAUCUGCUUUACGGCCUUUACCGGUACUUUCAGUACGAGUACAAUAAAAUGAAGUUGAGAUUGCUCGGCAUAAUCUACAAUCCGUCCAACACGCCGCAACUGAUCCGCCAAGAUGUUACGAAGUUGAAGAAAAUACCUAGGCGACUAGCGGCCAUCCUGGAGAUGAAAUCUGCCAGCUCUGUCGGUGGAGGCGUGAAGGGACUGAUGAAUGAUGGAAGCGAACUGGUGUGCUGGACCGUCUCGGCGGGUAUCAAGCACCUGAUAUUGUACGAUUACGAUGGAGUAUUGAAGAGCAACGUUGCAGAUUUCAGGAAAGAGGUUUACAACAAGUUAGGCAGAUACUAUGGGCCGUCCAAUAUCCCCAAAUAUGCGAUUAGGAUCCCGCACUUGAACAAAAUCUACUUUAAUGACAAGGACAGCAAAACUCCCGGUGAAAGGAACAAAGUCGCUAUCGAGAUAUCACUACUGUCAAACCGAGACGGCCGAGAGACCAUUGUCGAUUUGACAAAGACCAUGGCCGAUCUCUGCGCCUCACAUGAACUGCAACUAACAGAUAUAACGAUGAAACUCGUCGACAAGGAACUAAACCACCUUGUCGGACCAGAGCCAGACCUUUUACUCUAUUUCGGACCCUCUCUCGACCUGCAAGGCUUUCCACCCUGGCAUAUUCGUCUCACAGAGUUCCACUGGGAAAAAGAUAACGACGCAGUCGUGUAUUCAGUCUUCAUAAGAGGCCUACAAAAGUAUUCCGCGUGCAAGAUCAACGUUGGAAAGUAA